CUUCGCGCUCGAUUCUUGAGCUUUCGGCACUUUCCUUCAACUAUUUUGACUGAUUAAUGAUGGAUACUCGUUAUGUCAACAAGCCUAUUAUCUGUAAAGCUGCUGUUGCUUGGGAACCAAGUAAACCACUAGUGAUUGAAGAAGUUGAAGUUUCUCCUCCUUUAAGUGGCGAAGUGAGGGUCAAGAUUCAUUCUACUGGAGUUUGUCAUACAGAUGCAUAUACUUUGGGUGGUCAUGACCCGGAGGGAGUUUUUCCUGUCAUUCUUGGACAUGAAGGCGCAGGUGUUGUGGAAAGCGUCGGAGAAAAUGUAUUGUCUGUUGUUCCAGGGGAUCACGUCAUUCCAUUAUACAUUCCACAGUGUAACGAGUGUAAAUUUUGUCUAUCCAAGAAAACGAAUCUGUGUUCAAAGAUAAGAGAAACUCAAGGAAAAGGCCUAAUGCCCGAUGGAUCUGUUCGUUUCAAAUGCCGCGGUCAAAAAGUACAUCACUUUAUGGGCUGUAGUACUUUUAGUGAGUAUACUGUGUUGCCCGAAAUCAGCUUAGCAAAGAUUGACAAAAAUGCCCCACUAAAUAAAGUUGGUCUUUUGGGUUGUGGCAUAAGCACGGGUUAUGGAGCUGUGUUUAAUACUGCUAAAGUUGAGAAAGAUAGCAUAUGUGCUAUUUGGGGUCUUGGAGCAGUUGGAUUGGCAGUCAUAAUGGGAUGUAAAAUAGCCGGUGCUAAAAGAAUUAUUGGAAUAGAUAAUAAUGAAAACAAGUUUGAUUUGGCUGUAUCUUUUGGAGCUACUGAGUGCAUAAAUCCUGCGAAGCAUUGCAAGCCAAUACAACAGAUUAUUGUGGAAAUAACUGAUGGAGGAUGUGAUUAUACUUUUGAAUGUGUUGGGAAUGUAGCUACAAUGCGUCAAGCUUUAGAAUCAUGUCACAAGGGCUGGGGUGUUUCGGUUGUAAUUGGUGUGGCAGAGUCUGGUGCAGAAAUUUCAACUCGACCAUUCCAACUUGUAACUGGCCGCACUUGGAAAGGUUGUGCUUUUGGAGGUUGGAAGUCACGUGACUCGGUGCCCAAAUUAGUUAAAGACUAUUUAUCCGGAACGAUCAAAGUUGACGAGUUUAUCACUCAUCAUCUUGAAUUAAAAGAUAUCAAUAAAGCUUUUGAUUUGAUGCACAAUGGCAGUUGCAUCAGACCAAUGAUUCAUUUGUUCACUCAGUAAAAUGCUGGCUUCGUUUCUAAACUGUAUAAUUAUCAUUAUUUAUCUAUGCGUUUUCGUAUUUUCUACGCCGUAAACUAUGGUAUAUUUGUUUUGUUAGCAAAGCUUCCGUGGGAUUUCCAGUGUUGAAUAUAAACGAAUGUAUAUUUUUUAAUACUAGAGUACGUUAUAAUGAUAUGAGCGUGAAAAAGCGCAAUCGUCAUAAAGUAAAUUAGUCAAUAAGAGUAGUAGUUUUAUUAAAAA